AUGCCUCCCAAGAAGAAUGCCGACGCCGAGGGCAGCGCCACCGCUCUCAGCGAGACCGAGACCCGCUUCCUGAAGGCAAUGUUCGACCACAUGAACUCUCGUCCUGACAUCGACUGGGACAAAGUCGCCACUGACUUGGGAAUGACGGCUAAGUCGGCCAAGGAGCGCUUCCGCGUCCUGGGCAAGCGCCACAACUGGGGCACCAGCGCGGCUGGUGCGGGCGGCGGCGGCGGCUCCCCUGCCAAGGGUCCCCUGGCCCCCAAGAACAGUGGCAGGGUUGCUAAGAAGGCUACCCCUCAGAAGAAGGGCAUCGCCCGUAAGAAGACCAAGAAGGACAUUGAGUCCGAUGGAGAUGAGGACAUCUCCUCCAAGCUCGAGUCCGACUCCGAUGGCAAGAGCGCCGCCCAAGAUGAGUUCCUGAAGAAUGGUAACGGCAGCGAUAGCGAGUAG